GGAAUUAGGUAGAAAACAUAGAAAGGAGAUGCUAUGGAAAUCAAUAAUGUAAAUAACUUUUCAUUUGUAAAUUGUAACUAAUUUUGCUUGCCAUGUCAUAUGCAAAUCGUUCAAGUAUCAAAAUUUUAAUAAGACAUCCAGAGGAAACAAAAUCAGAUUUUUUAUAUAAUUUUGUAAACGAUUACUUAAAUCAAGCUGAGGCAUACGAAAUUGAUAAGUCAAUUGGUUAUUCCAAACCUAGUAUGACUUGCUACGACAUUUAUUACAAAAAUAUCGGAUUAAUACCAAAUUAUGGGGGACACGUUCCUGGAGCGAAAUUUAACUUUGGCAAAACAUUUGGGAAUUUUACAAUUGAUGUCAAAAGUUAUAUGCAUCUACCUAAAUAAACAUGGUUUCACAGCAUUCUUCUGUUAUUUCUAUUGCACUAAUUAAAAUAGAGAAAUACUUAGCCAUAUUUCACUUUUGAACUGAAUAGGUAUAAUGUAGGUUACCUAGUGCUUAAUAAAAAAAAGUUAUUUAUUUUGGCUCAGUUCAA